UAGUGAAAACAACAACACAACAGCAUUAUCAAGUAAGCAAAGCAUGCGUAGAUAGCGCAAGAUAAACUGCGAGUAAAGCCUGACUUUGAGCUCACGUGUAGUGUUGUAUAAAAAACAAAACGUGCUGAAAUUCUAAUGUUUUUAGACUUUUCAAAACACAAUAGGAAUUGGUUUUGCCGUAAAGUUUAAAUUCCAUUUAUAAUGAAGUUCAAUUCAGUAUAGCAUACAUUUUCCAUCGCGAUGCUAGUAAAACCUCUCGUUCGUUUCUAUUCGCUACUAAUCGGUACGCUACUUCUAGUAGAAUGCCUAGCUACCGCAGGUCGUCAUUCUUCGAUAUUCAAAAGUAUUCGUUCAACGGACGACGAAUGUGACCGGUAUUCGAAUGAACGGAACGGGAACUGCAGUGUCCGCUGCCGCGGUUUGCUACUCCGGUUUUGGGACGACCAACGUGGUAAGCUUGGUUUCUACGCGCUCAAGCAGUUCUACCAACCGGAUCCGGAGGAUAAAUGCUACUUGAAUCGAACCAUGCGCUGUCUUAAACGAGUUUCUGUUCCCGAUGAAAGUUGCCAAAAAGUUGCCCAAUAUGUUCGAUGCUACAAGGAUCAAUAUGGAGAGGAGAAUACUGCAAUCGCUCGAUUUAUUCCAUUCACCCCAAUGCAACAGACUAGAAUCCUGAUGGAGUGCGCAGCAAUUCUGGGGAUAUCGGAGGAUUCCUUGAGAGAGGCAGCAAAGAGUGGCGGCGAAAUACCGCAGGAAGCAUGUCUGCUUAGGUGCUUCCUGAUUCGGCAGGGGUUGUACAGCGAAGCCGGUGGAUUCGAAUUGGAACGGCUUGAGCUGCAGUGCGGUGGCUACGGAAGCGGCUGGAACCCCGUUGCAGUACAGCAAUGCAUCGCCAAUGUGACAGAUUGUGACAGUUGUACGAAGGUGCAGCGGAUGGCUAAAAACUGCCUCCAAGUGCACUUCAAAGUGCUGCCAAAUCCAAACACUAGUGAUGACAAGCUUAUUCCGGUCCUAGUGGAGUUUUACGGAAAUGUCAUUAACGAUAUCACAUUACUGUUGGGUGAGUUUUUGGACCGCCAGGAAGAGGUGAUUCUGGAUGUACCGUACAUUUCUGAAGGUCUUAUCGAAUACACCUUGAAGUUGGUAGUGCCUGGAUUAUACUCGGCAAGCCUCGUUGGAUAAAUGUACGACUCGUGCUGCAAAAAUCUUCAUUCUGCACCUUGUUGCGUAAACUACUAUUGGAUGGUAUGGUUCGUGCACCUAAAGUAAACAGUGUGAUCAACAGAAUCACAGGACCAUUUUCGUAUCCAGUAAUGGUCGACGAUAAGGACAAAAAAGAAGGAGAAGGAAGAUCCUAUAUUGGAUACUCAUAUUGGAGAAUAUGAGUAUCUCCUGACUCUAUCUGGUUACAUCAUCUCCCUCACUCUAUCGAUAACGGCUGUUACGGCUAUUAUUGAUAUCGACAUCGAGCUUCUAAAAUAUCAGAACGCACACUUGUACAUUUACAGAUAAAAUUAUGUUUGCAAAGAACGAUCUGAACCGAUUGGGAAAAUCACUUCUUUCUUAGUAUUAUUUGUAUUACUGUAGUAAAUAUAUAAUAUAUAAUAUAUAAUGUGUACGAACGAACUUAACAGACUUAGAUGAUUGUAAGGCCAUGAAUUUUAAAUAACUGAAAUAAAGAUCAUGCUGUCAAAAACUGUAAAUCAGCCCUAUUAUCUCUACAAACUACGAAGUGGGAUAAGUUACUGAAUUAGCGAUUUUUUUUUCCAAAGGAUGCUCAAAUGUUUCAGAGGACGGUCGUUAUGGUUGGCGUUUUCUUCAAUGAAAUAUCAAGAGCUGCGGGUAUCGAUGCAAUUGGCACAAUGGAUGCUGCAGCGAGUCCCAGGGUAAAAUUCUCCGAUGUAUAUUGCUCCAGUUCGUCAAACCAACCAUCAGUUCAUGCAAAUGGUGUGGAUGUCUUUCCGUGUGUUCCUCGAUGCCAUUGUAGGAAGAGACGUCAUUAUGCGCCCCGGGAUUCGCACAGUAGUUUAACGAGACAUGAAGAUUUGUCCGGUAAAUGAAAAUUUGAAGCUUAGCAAUCCACCAAUCAACAAGGUAAAGUCAAAAACGUUUUUGCCUUUCUCGUACACUAAGUGUACUGGAAAGGCUAUAUGUUCACUCCAAAAACGACUUUUUGAUAGAAAGCCCGGAGGGUCAAGUCACAUAUACCAAUCAACUCAGCUCGACGAAUUGAGGUGAUGUCUGUGUGUGUAUGUGUGUGUACAAAAAAACUCACAUCACUUUUUGGCAGUAAACCUCAACCGAUUUUAAUGACCGACGGUUCAUUCGAUGCGGAAUCUGGUCCCAUUGUUUCCUAUUGAAAAUGGUUCGGAUCGGUCCAGCCGUUCCGGAGUUAUGGCCAUUUAGGUGU